AUGUUGAUUGAGGCUACCAAAACCAGGUUGAGAGGGAUCAACUCCAGAGCUGCCAAAGGGGACGUGGUGAGGAAGGCUGGCGGGGUUGGGAUGAUAUUGGCCAACGGCGUCUUCGAUGGUGAAGGUUUGGUGGCCGACUGCCACGUGUUGCCGGCAACCGCAGUCGGGGCUUCCGGGGGCGAUGAGAUACGAAGAUACAUCAGCGCGGCCAACAGUGGAACUAAGAAUGGCGAGAAGGGACGGGCGACGGUGACGAUCACCUUCAGGGGAACCCGUCUGGGGGUCCAGUCGGCCCCAGUGGUGGCAUCGUUCUCAGCCAGAGGGCCAAACCCGGAGUCACCGGAGAUACUGAAACCAGACGUGAUAGCACCGGGAUUGAACAUACUGGCAGCUUGGCAUGAGGGGAUAGGGCCGUCGGGUUUGCCUUCGGACUUAACUACCCAUCGUUGA